AUGGGGACUACAAGAAAGCUCGUUGCGACGGGUGUGGAUGUAACAGAGACAGAGGACUUUGAUUGCAUCAAAGGAUGGCUUGGGAAGCUGGACAUUGAUGGUUUGCGAACUGAUUUGAGCGAUAGCGACAAGAAGAAAACAGCUUUUAAGAGCAGGCUGCAGCCCGUCACACCAAAUCGAAGACCGCAUACUGUUCUUGGAGUGCACGAGGAGAUUUCGCCAACCGAUACCUCGUUCUCCGGACACAGCAUCUUCGACACACCAUUUCGCAAUAAGCUGAAACACAGAAGCCCUAGUAUUAGGCUCCAGAUUCCCAAUGACGACUCAGACACCAGCGACAGUGAGGGCGAGUGGGAGUCGACACCGAUCAAAGAACGCACCCUGACACCGAAGGCCGAGUCUGUCCCCGAGGACCCUGCGGCCAUCGAGUCUUCUCAUAUACCAGCUUCUUCGUCCGCCGAUCUCAACGCAUACGAUCCGUCUGUAGACUUAGGUGUUCAUGGUCCUCACCAGCCCGCUGAGCCAACUAAUCAACUCCUCACUUACGAGCCGGAUACUCCUCGCAUAGUCUGGCUAACAUCCUGCCUCCAAUGCACGCUCGCCGAUCUCCCCUGCUCGCGCACCCACCCAAGCUGCUCCCGCUGCCAGCGCACUGGUAACCCGGAAUUCUGUCUCCUGCACCGUCGCAGCUUCGCCUCCGAGGCCCUGGACCCCUCCAAGUCAGAGAAAUGCCGCAGUCCCAUCUUACUCAAAGUGCAAGGCGAAGACGAGACAAGCUGGAAGCGUAAGGUUGAGUUGUCAAAAGAGCUGAGGCAAAAGUGGCUGGCGGAUCAGGAUAAGAAGAACUGGGUCAUGCCGCCGAUUGAGAGCCCAGCGGGUGGAUGGAAGAAGCAGCGUAGGUUCCAGACCAUUUCAGGCGGAGACAUUCACUCCGGUGAAGGAUCUGGCAGGGUUUCUUACAAGGAGCUGGUCGUAGACCUGGAAGCUUGA